UUAUAUUAAUUCAAAAAAAAUAUGGAUAAUAAUAAUAUAUUUAUUUAUACUUUGAAAUUAAGUACAGCAAGAAAUUUGAAGAAGAUUUUAAGAUAAAUUUUGUUGAAGCUAAAAAUAAGAAAUUGAAAUUAUGAGUGGAGGAAUAGUGCCUAGCAAAUCUACUGUAUAUAUAUCAAAUUUACCAUUUUCAUUAACAAAUAAUGAUAUCCAUCAACUCUUACAGAGUUACGGAAAGAUAGUGAAAGUAACUGUAAUGAAAGAUAAAAUAACACGACGUAGCCGUGGGGUUGCAUUUGUAUUGUUUUUAAAACCAGAAGAUGCUUCUUCAUGCUCAAAAGGUCUUAAUAAUACACAGAUAGGUGGUCGUACCAUAAGAAGUUCUAUAGCAGUUGAUAAUGGACGCAGUACAGAAUUUAUACGUCGUAGAGAUUACCCGGAUAAGUCUCAAUGCUAUGAAUGCGGAGAGGAAGGACAUUUAUCUUAUGCAUGUAGUCAUAAUAUGUUGGGGCCAAGGGAUCCACCACCGAAAAAAGUUAGAAUCAGAAAAAAGAAUAAAACUACGGUUACUCAUGAUACUAGCUAUUAUGAUAGUGAUAGUGAUGAAGGUUUAAGGAAGUCCAAAAAAUCAAAGAAUGUUGAUAAUGAUGAUACUGAUGACAACUGUUCGGAAGUCGAAAUGGAAACAUUAAGUGCGGCUAUCAAACAGGAGCAACAUCUUAGAGAGCUAGAAAAAUAUAAGCAUAAGGUAGCAACAGGUCAAUAUGACGAGGAACAUACUGAAUCGGUUGUAAGACAAAAACGGUAUAAAGAGAAUUCAUAUUUCAGCGAUGAAGAGGAUAUCAGUGAGUAAAAAUAUGAGAGACUGUAUUUGAAAUUAUCAUAUAAUUAUAGAGAUUAUAAGUAUCUAAUUAGAUAUCUAAUUAGAUAUCUAAUUUAAAUUAAGUUUCUUAAAUAAUAAAAAAUUUCACUUAAAAACAGUAAAAUAAAAUAAGGAAUAAUGAUCACAGUGGAUUUACCAAGCACAUUUAAAAUAUUUGGUAUAUUAUCGAAUUAUAUAUAUAUAUGUAUAUAUAUAUAUAUACUGUAUUUCUAAUCGUAAUAAUAUUAUAUACCAUUAAUCACCAUUACAUUAAUUACAAUAUAAGCAAAUGAAACGUAUCAUUAGAGAUUAUUUUCUAGAGAUUAAAU